CCGCCCCGCGGCCGGAGCAAGAUGGCGGCGGAGCGGAUCUUCGACCGGGCGGUGUCGGUGCGAGUGCGGGGCUGCGGCUGCGAGGAGCGGAGAUUAAAUGUUCGAGUGAAUAUUGAACUACUGUCAAUUUCUAAUCCCGUUCAUAAAAAGGACUUAGCUGUUCGAUUGACUGAUGAUACUGAUCCUUUUUUCCUUUACAACCUUGUUAUAUCAGAGGAAGAUUUUCAAAGUUUGAAAUCCCAGCAAGGUCUCUUGGUAGACUUCUCUGCUUUCCCGCAAAAAUUCAUAGAUUUGCUUCAGCAAUGCAUUCAGGAGCAGAACAAAGAUAUCCCAAGGUUUUUGCUGCAGUUGGUUUCCUCAGCACCAGCUCUAGAUCACACACCUGUCUCUUUAAAUGUAGUGGAGACCAACCCUUUCAAACACCUUACCCAUCUCUCUCUAAAAUUCCUGCCAGGAACUGAUGCAGAAAUAAAGAAGUUUUUGGCCAACUGUUUGAAAUGCCUUAAGGAGGAUAAAAAGAUGUUGGAAGAAAAGCUUAAGAAAACUGAGGAGGAUCUUACCAGACAACUGAGCUACACUCAACAGAGCUUGUCAGAGAAGAGCCGGGAACUUGACAAACUGAAAAAUGAAUGGACAGCCUACACUACAGCUCUGAGCAACAAACACUCGCAGGAGCUGACCAGUGAGAAGGAAAGAGCUCUCCAGGCACAAACUCAGUACCAGCAACAGCAUGAGCAACAGAAAAAGGAAUUGGAAAAUUUGCAUCAGAAAAGUAUUCAGCAGUUGCAGAACAGGCUCUCAGAACUCGAGGUCAUCAAUAAAGACCUAACAGAGAGGAGAUACAAAGGAGACUCCACAGUCAGAGAACUGAAAGCAAAGCUUGCUGGAUUAGAAGAUGAAUGUCAAAGAGCAAAGCAGGAGGUGCUGUCCCUACGCCGGGAGAACACAACUCUGGAUGCUGAAUGCCAUGAAAAAGAGAAGCUCAUUAAUCAGCUGCAGACACGAGUUGCUGUCUUGGAACAAGAGAUCAAAGACAAAGAUCAGCUCGUCACCAGAACGAAAGAAGUCCUAGAUGCAACACAGGAGCAAAAGGUGAUACUGGAAGAGAGUACAGAGGAAAAACAGAGGCAUAUUGAGAAACUAGAGACAACAAUUAAGUCGCUGUCAGCUGAGCUCCUUAAGGCUAAUGAAAUUAUCAAGAAGUUACAAGGAGAUUUGAAAACUCUAAUGAGUAAAUUAAAAUUGAAAAAUACAGUGACAAUUCAGCAAGAAAAACUGUUGGCAGAAAAAGAAGAGAAACUUCAAAAAGAGCAGAGGGAAUCACAGGAGAUGGGACAAUCCCUUCAAAUGAAAGAGCAGGAGGUUGACAAGCUACGAGAGCAGCUAGAAAGUACAAUACAAAAACUUGAAGAAAGUAAGCAGUUGCUGAAAACCAAUGAAAAUGUUAUCACAUGGCUGAACAGACAGCUGAGUGAAGUUCAGAUGGCAAAGAAGCUGGACAGUCCUGCCAGUGCCCCUGCUGCUGGGAGGGCUGCUGUUUCACCUCUCAGCAUGCCUGACCGACCAUUGUUUCAUAGCUCAGGAAUCAGUCAUCCCAUUUCUCCUCUCUAUGCCUUCCAAAACUUUGUGGAACCAACACACGGCAAAAAUGGAAGUUCCCAAUGUCCAGUAUCAAAGGUUCAGUUGAACUCACAGCUUUUGAAACCCAGUCAAUGUUUGGAUGCUCACACAGUGCCUGCAGCACGUCACGCAGCAAACAAGGAGAAUGGUGAUCAACUGGGGCUGGAAUCAAAGUAUUUCAAGAAAAAAGAUGACAGCAUUCCUUUACGAGGGCUUAGUCAAAACACACUUAACUCAGAGUACCUGAGACCCUACUUGCCAGCCAAAGCACAGCCAUCGCCAAAAGCUGCUGGAACACCAGCCUCGGCCUAUUUUCCUGGAUCAUAGACAGGCUUCUUACAGUAAGAGUCUCUUUUGAGUGUCCUGCAGUAGUGUGUUAAGUAAAGUAUCAGUGUGAACUGACAAAAUUUUAUGAGUCAGUUUUCUUUGAGGAAGGGAUCCUGACUGACUUGGAUGAUGUUUCAAGGUGCUUGAGCCUAAGGAGAAGAAGAUGAAGCCAUAAGGAACCUUAGUGGGAACAACACUGACAUCACCAGGGCUGUGCAGAAUUUCUUAGUAUAUUGUUGACAUGUAGAUCCUCCUAAAAACUCACCGAGGUGCUCUUUCUUAUAACUAGUGAAGUGUACAUUCCCUGAGAGCAAUUACCUGAAUUUCUAUUUCUUCACUCCUUUCAAAGAACAGAUGAGGUGAAAGCACAUGAGAGCUCAUACAGGAACAUGAUUUAGUUUUAAAAACUUAUUUAAUUUUGGAACCAGCUUAUUUGAAUUGCAUAUAGACUUAGAAAUAAUCUCAUACUAAAAAUGCUAAAUUAUUUCACUGAAGGUAGAAAAUUAAAAUUCUCAGUCUUGGUUCCCCUAACUUUUCUGUUAAUCUCUCAGUAUUAAAUUCCAUAGGCCACCAUGCAUGAAACAUUAAAAGGUGAAGUAGCUGACUAGUUAACUGUUGAUAAGUAUCAACAUCUCAAAGUUACUUUAUUUUUAUAAAUCACCCUUUACAACUUGUAAGACUAUACAGAAAUUUUAGGUACUCUUACAUCUAUUUAGCUUGUUCUACUGUCUGGGUUCAACAUAAUAACCACUUGGGACUUGGUGUCCCCUGCAGAACAAGCAUGCAUGGACUUAUACCAAGCAAAGUACCCUUACAAUGACUAUUCUUUACUUUUGGUGAAGAUAUUUCAUUCCUUUUACCUUAGUUGCUCAGGUGCACCCAGAGGAUUGUACAUUUCAGUGGUUUGUUUUGCUGUGUGAGAUGUUUACAUUUGUUUAUAAAUUAGCACCAUGUUAAUGUAUAGUGUCUGGUUUUGUCAUGUAUAUGUUUUUGUAGAAAUAUUAAAUGGUUUUUAUCAAAA